GAAAACUCGCUUUCCCAGAGUUCGUAGCGGCGAUGACGCCACGGUCUCCCGCCCGUUGUGGAAACGUCCCGGCAUGCAUCAGUGCGGGCCGAGAAGAAGAAGCGUCAUGAUGGAGUCCGCCGGAGGCUGAACGGACGAACCGACUCGUGUUCGGCUGAAUUCUGGGUGAGAGCUCCAUGUUCCUGCGGAGCGAAGAGGCCGCCGCGCGACCACACACACCCCGAUAGCUCCGCCGCGGACACCGCUGGUUCAGACCGUCACCAUGGCGACAGACAUCGGUUCACCGCAGCGGUUCUUCCAUAUGCCGCGUUUCCAGCACCAGGCGCCGCGGCAGGUCUUCUACAAGAGGCCAGACUUCGCCCAGCAACAGGCGAUGCAGCAGCUGACCUUCGACGGCAAACGCAUGAGGAAGGCAGUGAACCGCAAAACCAUUGACUACAACCCCUCUGUCAUCAGAUACCUGCAGAACCGUGUGUGGCAGCGGGACCAUCGAGACUUCAGAGCCAUCCAGCCCGACGCAGGAUGUUACAACGACCUGGUUCCUCCUCUCGGGAUGAUUUACAACCCGAUGAACGCUGUCACCACAAAAUUUGUCCGAACCUCGACCAACAAAGUCAAGUGUCCGGUGUUUGUGAUCAGGUGGACUCCGGAGGGUCGACGCCUCGUUACCGGCGCCUCCAGUGGCGAGUUCACGCUGUGGAACGGACUCACCUUCAACUUUGAGACGAUUUUACAGGCCCACGACAGUCCUGUGCGGGCGAUGACCUGGUCUCACAAUGACAUGUGGAUGCUGACGGCUGACCACGGCGGCUACGUGAAGUACUGGCAGUCCAACAUGAACAACGUGAAGAUGUUCCAGGCUCACAAGGAGGCCAUUAGAGAAGCCAGUUUCUCUCCCACAGAUAAUAAAUUCGCCACGUGUUCUGACGAUGGCACCGUCCGAAUCUGGGACUUCCUGCGCUGCCACGAGGAGCGGAUCCUCCGAGGUCAUGGUGCUGAUGUGAAGUGUGUUGACUGGCAUCCCACUAAAGGUCUUGUGGUCUCCGGCAGUAAAGACAGUCAACAGCCAAUCAAGUUCUGGGACCCGAAGACCGGACAGAGUCUGGCUACACUCCACGCCCAUAAGAACACAGUGAUGGAGGUGAAGUGGAACCUGAAUGGUAACUGGCUGCUGACAGCGUCACGUGACCACCUGUGUAAACUGUUCGACAUCAGGAACCUGAAGGAGGAGCUGCAGGUGUUCAGAGGACACAAGAAGGAGGCGACAGCCGUCGCCUGGCAUCCCGUCCACGAAGGCCUGUUCGCCAGUGGAGGCUCCGACGGUUCUCUGCUGUUCUGGAACACUGGGGUGGAGAAGGAGGUUGGGGGGAUGGAGAUGGCUCAUGAGGGGAUGAUCUGGAGUCUGGCCUGGCAUCCGCUGGGUCACAUCCUGUGCUCCGGCUCCAACGACCACACCAGUAAAUUCUGGACGAGGAAUCGACCCGGCGAUAAGAUGAGAGAUCGUUACAACCUGAACCUGCUGCCUGGGAUGUCGGAGGACGGCGUGGAGUACGACGACAUGGAGCCCAACAGCAUGGCUGCCAUCCCCGGGAUGGGGAUCCCCGAGCAGCUGAAGGCCGCCAUGGAGCAGGAGCAGAGUAAAGAGGCGGCCCCUGAGGUCGAGAUGUCGAUACCCGGUCUGGACUGGGGCAUGGACGAGGUCAUGGGUAAAGACUCCAAGAAGGUCCCUCAGAAGAAGGUUCCAUACGCCAAACCGAUCCCAGCGCAGUUCCAACAGGCCUGGACGGAGAACAAAGUUCCCAUGAUGCCGCCCUCUGGAGAUUCCAAAGACAGAAAGGUGGAGCAGAAGGUGGAGGGGAAGAAGAAAUCUCAGGCCGAGAUGGAGCAGGAGAUGGCAGCUCUGCAGUACAACAACCCUCUGCUGCUGGAGCGGAUGAGCGCAGAUGGGAACAUGGGCCCCCCACAGGGACAAGGUCCAAUCCCCCCCUUCUCUGGCCCUGGAGGUCCAGCGGGACCCGGGGGUCCCAUGCCUCCUGGCCACCAAGGAUUUCCUCCAAACAUCCCUCCUCAGCAGAUGCCAAACAACAUGGGGCCCCCCAUGGGCCCUGGAGGCAUGCAGCCCCCUUUCAUUUCCUCUGGACAGAUGGGGCCACCCUCCGGACCUCAGCCUCACCAGGGGCCCCCUCAGGGCAUGAUGGGACCACCAGACAUGCAAGGACCCCAAGGAAUGCAGAGACAUCCUGGCCCUCCAAGAAACAUGGGUCCUCAAGGCCCUCACAGUAUGGGUCCCAGAGGGAUGCAGGGGCCCCCAGUUGGCAUGAUGGGCCCCCCUCCUCGGGGAAUGGGUCCAAGGGAUUCUCAGGGGCCUCCACCUCAGGGGGGCAUGAUGCCACCUCAAGGGAACAUGAUGGGCCCCCAGGGCGGGAUGAUGGGCCCCCCACUAAGGACACACAGCAACAUCCCCAACAAUUAUGGGAUGGGCAACAUGCAGGGGCCCCCUGGAGGAAUGCAUGGGCCUCCAGGAAAUAUGCAGGGGCCCCCAGGUAACAUGCAAGUACCCCAUGGAAACAUGCAGGGCCCCCCUGGUAACGUGCAAGGACCACAUGGAAACAUGCAGGGGCCCCCGUACAUGCAGCACCAGGGUCAGAACUCGGGCCCCAUGAUGCACGGGAUGGGGCAACAGGGGCCCAACAACAAAGGAGAUCCUCGGGGGCCGCCGCCCAACCACCACAUGGGGCCCCCCGACCGGCCGGGUCCUGGAGGACCAGACCAGGGGUCCGGGCCUUACUGGGGGGACAACCAGCAGAGUCGACGCGGACCACAGGACUUUGACGGAGGCCAGGACUUUCACGGCAGAGGAGAUGAGGGCUGGAGACCUGGACCUGGACCUGGAUACCAGGGAGGGGGGGGAGGCCACAGGGGCGGAGGGCACCGAGGAGGCUCUGGAGGGAACUGGGGCCCCGACGAGAGGUUCAGUGGAGGAGACUUCAGAGGACGGAGAGAGGACAGGUUCAGGGGGGGGGGGGGCAGCCGCCCGGGGGGCCGAGGUUACCCCGACGAAUACGGCGGCCAGGAGGAGGGUUUUGACGGCCCGGAGGAGAUGGGCCGAGGCUGGGACAACGGAGGCCGAGGGAGGCCCCCUCGAGGAGGCGGGCCCCCUAGAGGAGGUCACGAUGGUUAUCGGGAUGUUCAGCAGAUGCAUGAUGGGUCGUCCCCGGCCGGUCGUGAGCGCUCGUCCUCCCUGCAGGGGAUGGACAUGGCGUCUCUGCCGCCCCGGAAACGUCCGUGGCAGGACGGCCCAGGAACUGGAGACCCCCGAGAGCGAGAGUCCCCCGGAGCCGAUGGAGGUCGACCCCCCCAGAGGGAGGACGGGGGAUACGGUCCUUCUGGUCGAGGCGGACGAGGAGGCUGGGGUCCUGGAGGACCUGGACCAGGACCGGGUCCCAGGAGGGGAGGACCACCGCCCAGAGGAGCACCGAGGGGAGUCGCCCGGGGCCGGUAGUCCUGAGAAAAUCUCCCAUGAGCCUCCUCUCCUCUCAGGUCCAGGUCCUGAUGAACUCUCACAGACUUUUGGUCACGUGACACGCGACCUGUGCUGCUGCCGAACGGUGGCUUCUGAUUGGUCCGAGGGUACCAGGCGGUAUCCGAGGACUGCGUCACUGAAGCACAGGAUCGUUUUAAUGUAAGAUACUGUAGAGAAGCUUCGCGCCGUCUCUUUUAUUUCAGUCUCCAGAUC